CAUAGCUCAUACAUAAUCAUAUAAAUAUAUGACAUUUGUAGCAGCCUCCUUCAGCACAAAACAUAGAAACAAAGACCUGAACACAAAAUCAUGUUGUCACCAAGUUCACACUUAGCAAGUUUGAUCCUCUUGUUAUUAGUUUCAUUGACAGCUUCAGCUUCAAUUGAAGAAAGUUUUAUCCAAUGUCUCAGUUUCUACUCAGACAAAGCAGCUCCAUUUUAUGAGUCAAUUUACACUCCAAACAAUGCUUCAUUUACCAAAAUCCUGGAUUCUUCAGCACAGAAUUUAAGGUACUUGGUGCCUUCAGCGCCGAAACCCGAGUUCAUAUUCACACCCUUGACCGAUUCCCAUGUCCAAGUUGCUGUGACUUGCUCACAGAAACUUGGUAUUCAUCUGAGAGUACGCAGCGGAGGCCAUGAUUACGAAGGACUCUCGUAUGUUUCUGAAAAUGAGACCCCCUUCAUAAUCGUUGAUUUGGCCAAGCUUCGCGAUAUCAAUGUUGAUAUAGAAGACAACAGUGCUUGGAUUCAAGCCGGUGCCACUAUCGGCGAAGUCAAUUACAGAAUAUCAGAGAAAAGUGCAGUUCAUGGUUUCCCUGCAGGCCUUUGCACAAGCUUAGGUGUUGGUGGACACAUCAUAGGAGGAGCAUAUGGUUCCAUGAUGAGAAAGUAUGGCCUUGGAGCUGACAAUGUCCUCGAUGCGCGAAUAGUCGAUGCCAAUGGAAGAAUCCUUGACAGGAAAGCCAUGGGGGAAGACUUAUUUUGGGCAAUUAGAGGUGGCGGUGGAGGAAGCUUUGGUAUACUUCUCUGGUGGAAGAUAAAGCUGGUUCCUGUUCCGGAAACUGUGACAGUUUUUACAGUAACAAAGAGCCUAGAGCAAGAUGCAACCAAGGUUCUUCAUAGGUGGCAGGAAGUGGCACCCAAAAUUGAUGAGGAUCUCUUUAUGAGAGUCAUCAUUCAACCAGCAACUAUUCCAAACAAAACUGAGAGAACUAUCACAACCUCUUACAAUUCUCAAUUUCUUGGUGGGGCGGAGAGGCUCCUCCAAGUCAUGAAGGAAAGCUUUCCUGAAUUGGGUUUGACAAGAAAAGAUUGCAUGGAAACUAGCUGGAUCAAAUCUGUGCUCUAUAUUGCAGGCUAUCCAAAUGAUACGCCUCCUGAAGUUCUGCUUGAUGGAAAAUCAACUUUCAAGAACUACUUCAAAGCCAAAUCAGAUUUCGUGAGGGAACCGAUACCGGAAACCGGGCUUCAAGGUCUGUGGCAAAGAUUGCUGGAGGAAGACAGUCCCUUGAUGAUUUGGAACCCAUAUGGUGGAAUGAUGAACAAUUUUUCAGAAUCUGAUAUUCCUUUCCCUCACAGAAAUGGAACACUUUACAAAAUCCAGUACCUGACUCUAUGGCAAGAUGGAGACAAGAAUGCUUCAAAGCACAUAGAUUGGAUUAGGAAGCUUUACAACUUCAUGACUCCUUAUGUCUCAAAGUUCCCGAGGGAAGCGUAUGUGAACUACAGAGAUCUGGAUUUGGGGACGAACAAGAAGAACAGCACAAGCUACAUACAAGCCACUGCUUGGGGUUAUAUGUAUUUCAAAGAUAACUUCAACAGGUUGGUGAAGAUUAAAACCAAAGUGGAUCCUGAAAAUGUGUUCAGGCAUGAGCAGAGCAUCCCUCCACUUCCAGUUUCAACAAUGAAGCACAAAGACAAGAAAUGCAAGAGCUGGGAAUAAGGCACUGUAUUGCUAGAGUCCUAUAUCUAUCAAUUUGCUAUAUAGGGUUGGAUUUUAUUUUGUUUUUGAUCCUUUUAAUGUUGUAAAACACUGAUGAAGUGCUUGAACAUUGCUAUCUUUGAUUUUGUGUAUGCGAUAAGAUUACAGGUCAUAAGUUGUUCCACUUUCGCAGAGAAACUACAGAGUGUAGCUUCUCGAAAGUGCAAUAAGCUUCAAAGUUUCAAAAUUUUCAGUAAGAUAUUGUGAUUUCUAAACAA